UUUCUCAUCUGCCCCCGCAACACACAGCAACGAUCGACAUGGCUGUUGGCGUCACCCAGAGCUCUCUGGCCUCCACGGCGGGGUGCUCGCAAGGGUUCGCUUGCCGCGCCGUUGCUGACACGAACCGGUUUGAUGACCUCGUCCUCGCCCUCAAGGAGGCGCUGGGGCCAUCAUCGGGCCUCACGUCCGACGACGUCGAUGUCGACCAUCUUCGCCGACUGAUGCGCGAAUAUGACUCACGCCCGACGGAGUGGUCGAGGUUCGCCAUGGGCGACGAGAGCCGGGGAUACACCAGGAACCUGGUCGACGAAGGGAACGGGAAAAGCAACUUGUUGGUUCUCGUAUGGACUCCCGGCAAGGGCAGCCCAAUCCACGACCACGGCAAUGCGCACUGCCUGAUGAAAAUCCUGCGGGGCAAUCUGACCGAGACCAGAUAUGCCUUCCCAGAAGACGGGGCGGAGGGGCCUAUGCGCGUGAUUUCGGAGAGAGUACACAAGGAAAAUGAGGUGGCAUACAUGGCGGACGAGCUGGGGGUGCAUCGCGUGACGAAUCAGGGCAGCGACUUCGCCGUGUCCCUCCAUCUGUACACUCCGCCCAACGUUGCCAGGGGCGGAUGCCACAUCUUCAAUGCCGAGACGGGCAAGAAGAGCCACGUCAAGAACUGCGGAUACUACUCCGCGUACGGGAAGAAGCUGUAAGGGGGGAUGGGAUGAGAGACGAGCAGGGAGGAAUUGGGCCAGGGAGAGUUCGGCGUUUCGUGUCUCCGCCAGCACUGCCAGCGGACUUUUGAGGGUGUGGAUGUUUGGUAUUGGGCGUCGCAAGCAAUUGAGAAUGAUUACUUCCCUUUGCCAGGAGCGUUUGCUGGAGUCCGGAGUCUCACGAGCCUUGGGCUGCCUUCGCUGCACGAGUCCUGCGAUUCGGCGAUCCGCGAGUUUGCCCAAAGCGGAAACGGGGCCAAGGACGCGGACUUCCGCCGUCGUUCCACCGUAAUCGUCGGCUUGGCCGCAUAUCGUCAUAACAAAAACCACAAAAUCUGUGACAACGGCGGCCACAGAUCUCUCAAGAGCAGGAAAAGCAGCAGCAGGGAAGAAAACAGAGGAAAAGG